ACAUGGACGACGAAGGUUUGAUAAAGUCAUAACAUAAUAGACAGGAGCAAACGUGUUAGCUGCAAAAUACACAGUACAGUAUGGGGGACCAAAGAACGAAGUAUAUACUUCUUCAGGAUCGUGUUGGGCAGACAGUAGAAAGAAACGUUUUUGCCCUUGGCCUUUCCACGAAGUCAACACCAACACAAGUACUGCGAGGCGACUUACUGGAAGCUCUGCCCGAAACUGAACAACCUCAGGAUUCAACUAAAAUAGCUCUGGUCGGAAUUGAUCGUAAGUCUUUGCGUCUUGAAUGUACUUUGGAGUAUCUGACGAGGCUCUCUGACGAAGACGCUAACUUACUUUUGGCUAUUUCAUCGCUCGAAGAGAGAUAUCAAACUUUUAUGGACAGAAUUCGCCUCGAUUUCGGGCGUAGAAUAAUACUGGGACGUAAAGUUUAUGUUUCUGUGAAAGGUGUUUCUAAGCAAUUGCCGGGUGUUGUGUGGUACAAGGGUGAAUUACCAUCGAACAAUGGAACGAUGUUUGGAGUUGAACUGAUAGUAAGUAUACCAGCUUUCUCAUACCUACCCUGCUGA